AUGAACGUAUUAUUUUGUGUAUUUUGGUGUACCCUUUGGUUGAGUACUUCAGCGUAUAAUAGUUCUAUCAUCGAACUUGUAGGCAAUGGAGUACAACAUUUAACAUUUUUAUCACAUAAAAGUCAAUAUAACAUAGUAAAAAAUAAAUGGUUUGAACAGGAACUUGAUCAUUUUAACAUUACUGAUACUAGGACGUGGAAACAGAGGUAUCAUAUGAAUUUGAAAUAUUAUAAAAUGGGUGGUCCAGUAUUUUUAAUGGUGGGAGGAAGAGAAGAGAUUUCACCAAGUUGGAUGAUUUCCGGAGCAUGGAUUGAAUACGCUCAAUUGUUUAAUGCUGCAUGUUUUCAAUUGGAACAUCGCUUCUAUGGAAUGAGCCAUCCAACUGAUAAUUUAAAUACUUCAAAUUUAGUGUACCUGACAGUUGAACAAGUAUUAGCUGACCUGGGAACAUUUAUAAAUACCAUUUCGAUUAAAAAAAAAAAACUGCUGGAUGAUGCUAAAUGGGUAGGAUUUGGUUCAUCAUAUUCGGCAAGUUUAGUUACCUGGUUAAGAUUAAAAUAUCCUCAUUUGGUACACGCCGCAGUUUCAUCAAGUAGUCUACUAAAGGCGAAAAUAAAUUUUGAAGAAUAUUUUAUAGCUGUUCAAAAACAAUUAUCAGAUUAUGAUCCAAAAUGUGAAUUCCAUAUUAGACAAGCAAAUAAAAUGAUAAACGAUCAACUAAAGACCGAUUAUGGAGCAAAAUACAUACAAAAUAAAUUCAAUACAUGUGCUCAUCAUUUACACAAUUCUACAAAAAAUGUACAACAAUUGUUUAGAGACAUGUCUAAAUUCAUUGGACUAAUUGUGCAAGACAACGAAGAUGACAGAUAUUAUGAUAAAAUUAUUGAAGAAUCGACAGUAACAUUAGUAACACUAUGUGAUAUAAUGUCAAAUGAAACGUUGGGAACUACAGUAAAUCGUCAAUGGUUAUACCAAACCUGUACAGAGCUUGGCUUUUUUCAAACAUCCAAUCAGGAUCAUCACUUGUUUGGUAAUACUGUAUCACUGGAAUACUUUACUGAUUUAUGCAUCGAUGUUUUUGGAAAAUCAUUCAAUUUGAAUACAUUAAGUAAGGCAGUAAAUAAAACCAAUAUUAUGUACGGUGGUUCCAAACCAAGAGUUAGUAGAAUUGUUUUUGUAAGAGGGUCUAUCGAUCCAUGGAAUCCAUUAGGCUUGUCAUUUUUGCCAAUAAAUUCGUCUACAAUUCUUAUUGAAGGAACAUCUCAUUGUGCAGACAUAGAUUCAUAUUCAUCGGACCCAUCACAGCUGUCGGAAGCCCGUGUAGACAUUUUAAUGUAUUUAAAAAAAUAUUUGAGUGAAGAGGAUUUUUCAAUUGAACCAAUAUUGUUAUAGGUGGAGAAAAUUUAAAUUAAAAUAAAUAGGACUUAAGAUGAUGACCACCCAUUAAGUCCUUCAUUCCCAAAACAAACUAAUUUUUAAUGCGCAACAAAUAAUAUGACUACACCAUUUUUAUUUAGGCAUGCAAUGGUCCCUAACUCAACAAUAACUAAACUAAACAAAACAAUUAAGUAAAUAUUUUCUUAAAGACAUUAAAUCACUUAUCUUAUCUCAUCUUAUGAUCUCUUUUCGUUUUUAUAAGUAUCUUUAACCGCUAUUUGAUGAACAUUUUACAAAAGCCCAAAGUAGAUAUUAGGCUUAUCAAAAAGCCACUACAUAUUCUCAGCACUAAAUCUAUUACUUUUGAUAAUAUCUGGUCAUUAUUAUCGGAUACUAGCAAUAAGGUAAAUACGUACUACUCCAAGGUUAUAGACAUCAAUAAAGCUAUUUGUUCUACCGAUGAUAUCAAUUCCCUACAAUAUAAUUUAGAUCAAUUUUAUAUAUGGUGCUCAUUAAAUGGUAUGUCUUUGAAUACCUCUAAUAUCUCUAUGUUCACAUUUCAUUCAAACGUUCCGAAUCCCAUAAAAAUUUUCAUUAUUAUAUAAAAGAUGUCUUGCUCCAAUCUGUUAAUCAAGUAUAGGGUCUGGCUGGUAUUAUUCAGUCAAGACGAUUUUUAUCCUUUAAAUUUUAAUGCACAAUAAAUAAAAUAUAUGAAAAAAGUCUUCGUGUCUCUAAUACUCUACCUAAAAAAAAUCCGUCACUCGUCUUCAUAAUUUAAUUAUACCACGGUUACUACAAAAUCCAUGAUUUAGUUAAUAAAAAAUCUUUAAUUUAUAUUAUUAUUUAAAUUUGUUUUUAAUAAGUGAUAAAAACUCAGUCAAAAUCUAUAUAGUAAUUUUCGAUUGUACAAUUUUUUUAUAUACGUUGUUUAAAUAACUCACUCAUAAUUGAUUCUAUAAUUUUUGGUUUGACUCUAAAGCGUCGUAAGCUAUUACAUCGAGCAAUAUUACACCUAUUUUAAGGUCAAAACCUCUUCGUAAGAUUUCUAAACUAGUGCAACACGAUUUUACUUUUAAUAUGUUGCUUUUUUCUUAGGUGAAAAUAAUAAAAAGUGCACAAUCGUGUACAUUCUAUCUUCUCUACAUGAUGCCAACGCAGCUAAGCAUAAAAAAAAAUAUUACGCUGUUAUAAAAAAUCUGUAAUAUAUAAUAAUCAAUGCUUGUGAAUCGGAAAGGGUCACAUAAAAACGAAAUCACCCACAAUAAUACAUUAUUUAACAAGUCAAAGGGUACCUCGUACUUCGUAGUUGAAUUAUUCAAAAAACAAAAAAAUCUUUAUAUUUAAAAAAUAAACGGUAAGUGUUAUAAAUGUUAUAAUAACUUAUAUAAGACAUAAAAACUUAAUUUACUAUAAAAGACAAUUACUGUUGUUUUUGUUUAUGUGAAAUA